AUGCAGGCUCCAGUCGUGGUUAUGAACACCGGCACCGGUGAGAGGCAGACCGGAAGGCAGGCCCAGCUGUCCAACAUCCAUGCCGCUAAGACCGUCGCCGACAUUAUUCGAUCAUGUCUCGGCCCCAAGGCCAUGCUGAAGAUGCUCCUGGAUCCUAUGGGAGGUAUCGUGCUCACAAAUGACGGUCAUGCCAUCCUGCGAGAGAUCGAGGUGUCGCACCCAGCAGCCAAGAGCAUGAUCGAGCUCAGCCGGACCCAGGACGAGGAGGUUGGGGAUGGAACUACGACUGUCAUCAUUCUCGCUGGUGAAAUACUGGCACAGGCAAUGCCCCAACUCGAGCGGAACAUCCACCCGGUCGUCAUCAUCUCCGCCUUCAAGCGCGCCCUGUCCGACGCCCUCCAGAUCAUCGAAGAGAUCUCCCUACCGAUUGAUAUCAACGACGACAAGGCCAUGUACGGCCUCAUCUCCUCAUCCAUCGGCACCAAGUUCGUCUCGAGGUGGUCAGAGCUCAUGUGCGGCCUUGCCCUGCAGGCCGUGCGGACAGUGUCGUGGGAGGUUGGUACCGGCAAGACGGAGGUUGACACCAAGAGAUAUGCCCGUGUGGAAAAGGUGCCCGGCGGAGAGAUCGAGGACAGCAAGGUUCUGGACGGUGUUAUGCUCAACAAGGACAUCACACACCCAAAGAUGCGGAGGAAGAUCGAGAACCCAAGAAUCGUCCUGCUCGAUUGCCCCUUGGAGUACAAGAAGGGCGAGUCGCAGACACAGAUCGAGAUCUCCAAGGAGGAGGACUGGGAGCACGUACUGCGGAUCGAAGAGGAGCAGGUCAAGGCCAUGUGCGACGCCAUUCUGGCUGUCAAGCCCGAUCUCGUUAUCACCGAGAAGGGAGUAUCAGACCUGGCACAGCACUACUUUGUGAAGGCAAACAUCACUGCACUGCGUCGCGUGCGAAAGACGGACAACAACAGAAUCGCACGUGCUACGGGCGCCACCAUUGUCAACCGCGUGGAAGACCUGCAAGAGUCUGAUGUCGGCACCAAGUGUGGCCUCUUUGAGAUCGAGAAGAUUGGCGACGAGUACUUCUCCUUCCUCACCAAGUGCAAGGACCCCAAGGCCUGCACCGUCCUUCUCCGCGGACCGUCCAAGGACGUUCUCAACGAGGUUGAGCGAAACCUCCAGGACGCCAUGGGCGUGGCGCGCAACGUAAUGUUCCACCCUCGCCUGUCACCGGGUGGUGGUGCGACCGAGAUGGCCGUCUCUGUCAGGCUGAGCCAGAAGGCGAAGAGCAUCGAGGGCGUGCAACAGUGGCCGUACAAGGCCGUGGCCGAUGCGCUGGAGGUCAUCCCCCGGACCCUGGUCCAGAACGCGGGCGCAAGCCCCGUGCGCGUGCUGACGGAUCUCCGGGCCAAGCAUGCCGAGGGCAAGAGCUCGUGGGGCAUCAACGGCGACACCGGCGCGCUGGCCGACAUGAAGGAGUACGGUGUGUGGGAGCCACAGGCUAUCAAGCUGCAGAGUCUCAAGACGGCGAUUGAGGCUGCCUGCCUCCUGCUGCGUGUCGACGACAUCUGCUCUGCCAAGAAGGCGCCACAAGGUGUCGGUACCGGCGGGGGCGAUGACUGA